AUGUUUCAUCGAACAAUUUAUUUGACAAUACGAUCAAGUAUAAGUGCUCAAGAAUGUGUUCAUAAAUUACUUAAAUUGAAUUUAUGUUCAGGACAAGAUAUAUUUCGUCGUAUUCAUUUAAAUGAAGAAGAAACAACAUCAUCAUCAUGUGUUUAUAUUAAAAAUUUAUUUUUAGAAUUAGUUAAAUUUCUUGGUUUAACUAAACUUAAUCAUCGUUUAAUUAAUCCUCUUUUUCCUCGUAAUAAUCUAAAAAAUACUCGAUUUUCAAUUAAUUUUUUUAAAUCAAUUGGUCUUGAUGAAUUAACAAAUGAAUUACGAGAUUUGUUGAAAAUUCAUUCUACAACAGGCACAUAUUCACAAACAAAACAACAGGGCAAGAAACAAAUAGAAAAUACAUAA